AUGCAUUGCCCAACAUUAUUGGUGCCGGCUCUGGCAUCCAUUGCUCUUGCUGCGCCGACAUACCCCACACUCAAUCUUCAGGCCGCGCUACCGGGCUCUAUCGAGCACAUCUCCGAGUAUUUCAACAUGCUCGCAACCAAAGUCCAGGCCACCCGGUACCUGUCUACCGCCCCAGUCUGCGACAUUUCCGCGGCCAAUAUGCCUGAAUCCGCCAUCGAGACCCUCGGGGAACCCAGAAAGGGCCUCUUCUUGACGCACAUUGCUAUCGGCCGUGGUACCCAAAACUACACCUGCGACACCAGCAACGUGACAGCGGUUCCUGUUGCCACCGGCGCUAUCGCGACGCUCUUCAACGCCAGCUGCGUCGGCUCCCUGUACCCGGACCUACUCGACAAGCUGCCCGUUGUCGCCAUGGACUUCAACCUCACGGAACAAGAGACGAGCCGCCGCCUCGGCCCAAGCAACCUCGCCAUCUCGGGCCACCACCAAUUCACGAGUGCUGGCGUGCCACUCUUCAUGCUCGAGACGGAUGGCUCGCCUAUAGGUGAUUCGUACUGCGCCAAGAACGCGUCCAUGCCGGCACCUCUCACGGCGCAGACGGGCCAGCAGGGCGAAGCGUCUGUCGCGUGGCUUAAGCUGAAGACCAUCGCGCCUAGCACAGGGAGUGUUCAAGAGGUCUACAGGAUACACACUGUCGGCGGCAGCGCUCCGGCUUCGUGCAAGGACCAGCCUGCGGCUUUUGAGAUACACUAUGCUGCACAAUACUGGUUUUAUUCAGGCGCUGCUCAAGAUAUCAUCAAGUCUUCAACACCUUGA